GGGGAGAGAGAGGAGGGAGGAGGAGAGACAGGGAGCGUGGAAGAAGAUGGAGGAUGGGGAAAGAAGAGAAGAGGAGAGAGAAGAUGGAGAGGGGUGCGUUGGCGCGUCUCAAAAUGGAGCGAUGAACUUGAAGGCAGUGGACAGUGGAGCUGGGACUGACUAUACCAUGGCAGCUAAGUGUGACGAUGACAGACUAUUGACUAAUGAUAGUACUACUGAGCUUGUGAAUGGAGACGCAACAGACGAAGGGGAUGUCCUCCUAAUUCAUAGUGUUAAUGAUGCUGCAUUGGGCAGUCCGUGCUCCAGUCAGUCAAAGUUGGAACCAGACACGGAGAGGAUUUCAUCUCCUUCAGCCGGUGUAAGUGGGGAGGAGGGGCUAGUGGUGACAUCGGUGAUGAGUGAGGAGGACGAGGGACCACUGGAUUCGCGCAAUGGAGGAGCUAUCAUCUAUACCUCCUGGUAGUGAAGCUCUAUCGUCACUACGGUGAACCCAGGCAUGUUGUAGAGGUGGAAAUCAAGGCCAAAGGCAACGCAAUUGCUGAUAAAAGGGUUACAGGAGGGGUCAAGGAGACGAUUGGCGGUGUUCGAGGGGACAGUGUGGUGGUGAAUGGAGGCAGACACAGUCUGGAUCUGGUGGCCCUCAUUGCCUACUUCAAACUCAAGAAGAGGUGUCAAGGUGAUCACAAUUUCGUAGAAGACUCAGUGCAUGGUGUUUCUAUGGGU